UAAUACGAGAGAGAGAGAGAGAGAGAGAGAGAGAGAGAUGGUGUAUUAAUAUUAUUAGUAUAAAAGUAUAUCGUAUUAUUAAAUACGUAUAUUGUAGAAAAGUACUAGGAACGAAACAUGAUUUGUGGCAAAUAUUUCGUUCUAGAUUAGAAGAGUUUUAACGUGUUAAUAGAGAGAUCUGUAUGCUUCCGAAUAUGAAAACAGAUUAUCGAUUAUAAAUAUGUAAGCCACGUACAGAUUACAGAUACGUAACAAAUACAAAUAAUACAAAAGUAUGAAUCUUACAGAUUCUCCAAAGAAACACGGGUCUUAUGAUCCUUCUGUUCUUUUUUUUUUUUUUUAUUUAUCUCACUUUUCGGAAAGAAUACGCUUAUAUCCCAUCGUCAUCGAGUAUUUUCAGUGAUAUCCGUGUCUCGGUUCGAAAUUCCAUCGACUUUGCUAUUGUACUCUACCCACCGCAUAGAGUACAUCGAUCGGAAGGGGACGAAUUCGCAGAGUUGUUACCGACGUGUUCCGUAUUUUUUAAACGCCCGCAGCCUAGAAAUUCCGAGCGCAUUCGUCGAUAAAUCAGACGGCAAUUUUCCGCUCGAAAAAAUAAAGUCACGGCGAGCUAGGCCAGCUCUGAUUUACGAUCACCCCUAUAGGCGGCUCGAGGUGUGGUCCGACUUGCAUUAGAGAAUGAGUCUCGAAAUAGUUCCGGACGCGGAAUACAUCCCUAAGAAUAUUAAGCAAUGCCCUCAUGGCGAUUUUUAUCGUACUACGUCAGUGGCGCGCGCCUAUAAAGAAAUGUCCUACAUUUUCGCCGUGAAACGUUAGGUAAUCCACGGUUAUCCGAACUUUACUUUUCUCUUUCUACCUUGUUCAUAGACACGCUUGGAACUGUGGAAACCACGUGCACGUGGAUAUCGUAGCUUGUUGUUUUAGUAUCUCAACUUCUUAAAUUUCCUUUGUUUUCUUUCGCUUUAUGUUCUUUAUAGAUUCGCGCGAAAGCUUGACGAGUGAACGAAAACACGAAAAUAUAACCCGGAGGGGUUAUUUCACCCAAUUCUUUCGAUUUAAUACAGAUCGAUGGAGGGAAUUGUGCGUUAGAUAAGUUAGAUUUUUUUUUCGUUGAAUUACAGAUUUAUGUAUACUCCUCGUACGAAGACAAAAGUUCGCGGCAGAGUUGCUUGAACCGACGAAUUUAGAAAUUGCACGUUCGCCAGGAAUUUGUUAUAGCGUUUGGCAAACAGAAUUGAUAUUUUCGACAGAAUCUUACGCGAUUUGCCGGAUUUUACUACUUCGCUACCUUCGCUUUCCUUCCUUUCCUGAUCUUCUUCAUCCUCGGUGGUCUCUAUAUCCUUUCAAUUUACUAAUUUUCGAUCUGUAGCGUCUAACAAUUAUAGGCUAGUUAGCUAGUAGCCGUGUUCACAACUAGACGCCUUCCGUCGAUCUUCGACACCCAAACAUUCUUCAGCGAAACUUGGACCGAAUGAACAGCGUCUCGACAUUCAAGAAAAUUCCAUUUCAUCACGUGCUACUAUAUGAAACGAUAUUAUCCGCUCGAUUCGAUGGAGGCUGCUUGGUUUUUCACGUUGGCGUUCCAACGUGUCUGAAACACGAUCGUCGAACUGGGACGACGGACAAGUCUUACGAAAACAGGCGUCGCGUUGCUAAAAAACGUCUCUCUACCGUACGCGUAGCCGCGAGAUCGUUAUAAACAAAUCGUCAAGGCGGGGACUAUCGUACUAUGAGGUACGCGAGAGCCUGUGCACGUAGACGUGGCUGGCCAGAAAGCGCGGUCGGUAUUUGGCAAACGAUGACAACGUCGUGGACACCAUCUCCGGUUUGUCUGCGGUCCCAGGUAUCCUAGACCGCAGCUUCUGCCUCUUCCUCCAUCCUCCUCUUCCUCCAUUCGUUUCAUCUCCGUCCCUCGUAUUCUUUCAUCUUCAUUCGUCUUUCUUCGUCUCUGUCCUCCUCUCUUCGUCUUUUUCGUCAUCGUCGCCGUCAUCUCGAUGCAAGAAGAGCGCUCCUCUUCCAUUGCUUUACACUUGUCUCUGUCCAUCUUAGUUUCGUCCAUCUUCCUUCAUCUCUGUCCCCCUUUCUUCGUCUUUUCUAUCAUCAUCGUCAUCAUUCUCCUCUUCCAUCGCGAUAUCCUUGUCUCUGUCCAUUCGCCCAUCGUUUUUCAUCUCUAUCCUUCCGUCUUCAUCUUUUUCGUCAUUAUCGUCAUCGUGCUCCUCUUCCACCGCUCCAUGCUCUUUUCUAUCCUCUUUCAACCGUCCAUUCGUUUCAUCCACCCUUCGUCGUCUCUGUCGUUCCCCCUUCAUCUUCCUCGUCAUCGUCGUCAUCGUCCUCUUCAUCCUCUUCUUCCACUAUUGCCCUAACUCGCGCCCGCGGUUCGACCGUCUCUCUCUCUCUCUCUCUCUGUCUCUCUGCGUCUGUCUCCCGUUUUUCCGUCUCUCGCUUCACUCGCUUCUCUCUUCUCGCGUAAGAGAGGCACGAGGAGAGAAGGGGCAAAGACGCUUUUAGACACGGAGCGUCCACGAGCGUCGCGACGCCUUGAGAAGCAGUAGUCGCGUACCUUAGGCAGCUUCCACCUUGCCGGCUCGCGGCCGUAUGUAACGUGAUUCUCCUCGACGUUUCUGCUCGACGCAGCAUCGGCUGUCGCGAACACUCCUCGUGUCGCGUUCGUUUCGCCUCGCCUCUGCAUGUUCUCCGAUCCCUGGAACAUUACCGAGAACAACAAACAGAACGCUCAAGGAACGGGCACGAACCAGUGAUUCUCAAUUGCUGAAAACGUGCGUCCUAUUCUUUAGCAUCCAGUACUUCAGUUUCAGUUUCAUCGGACCUCUUGCAACAAGGACGAGAGUUAAAUUUACGCGGAGGAUUAUUUUACUUUAUCAAAGAAUCUCUGAAAGAUUACAGUUGGUCGCCUUGGAUUUCCAUUUUAAGAAGGUUUAGGUUCGGAAGUCUUUGUGAUUUUGUUUCUUUGCGAUCUCGCGAGGUCGAUGGUGUUCGCGGGGAUCGUUUGCAAGAAGAAGGACAGCGUGUCGUUCGCGGUGGAUCUCGGAUACGAAGGAGAAGGUGAGGAGAAGCAGUGGUUAGCUGAAAUUCGGUGGGAUCUGCGAAGUCUAAAUUAAUCUGGAGCCCGUUGUUGUUGAAGUUCCGAACGCGGGCCUGCUGCUAACCGGUGUAAAAAGAGCGUAAAGUUUCGUACGCGGAAUAAAAAUAAGCGUGAUACGGGGAACCGAGAGAGUUGGAUCAGUUUUUGCCACACGCAGGGUUACACGUGUUGCGCUGCAGAAACAACCGGUAAUUUCCUACUCAGCGAAACAAGUGGCUACUUUUGUUUUGCGUUAGAAGAAAGUUCUCGCUAUUGCAACGGUAUUCUUCCUUCGAAAAAGAGAAAAGAGAACGCAAACUUUCGCCUGCCUCCUUCCGAUCCACGCACCAUUGUAUCAUUCCGUUCACGUAUUCUCUAGCUUGGUCCAAGCAUAAACGAGCAAGCUACAUCGGUUUGAAUUCACCGAAUUUUCGUUCGCUUGUCUAAACGAUAUCGCUCUCGUGGAAAGUACGUGGUCCAUAGAUCAACCAGAAAGCUCGACGCAAUAUUUUACCGGUGACUCAGUUCCUCGGCUGUGACAGAUUCCACAGUGUGCGAAAGUGAGGUGUCCCGUCCAUUCCAUUCGUCUGUUAGACGAACAGAUCUACGAGUGUUCGUCGAACGAUCAAAUCGGUCGAAUGUGUCCAGAUAGCGAGCGUCUUGGGUGACGUGGUCGCGAAUGAAUCGCCACGCGCCUCUUCGCGCGUAAUGAUUUAGUGGCUCUCGAGCAAAUGGUCGGUUGUUCGAUUCGUCGGUGGAUGAUCGUGUUUAAAGAGUAAAAAUAAUUCCGCGAAAGUGGUUCGCGUGGCGAAGAAGGAAAAGGACGCGACGAUGGCGGAGCGUCCUGGGGGUAGGAGACGUUCGCGUCGGGACAGUAUGGAGACAGGCGGAUCGUUACGGGGUACGCCGCCGACCUCCAAAGACAGGAGGACCAAACGAUCGAGCAAACCAUCGAAAGAGCGGUGGUUGCUCACUAGAAAAACAUGGCGUUACAUGGCUGACGCCGGUAGACGUUUAAUACCCGAUGGAACGCACAAUAGGCCAGAAGAUAUUCCAAAGAUAGAGCAAUACUUUCAGGAAGUGUGUCAAAAAGAGCCAAGGUUUCUGCUUUGGAGGAAAACUUCCUAUCCAGGGACUUUAAGCUUUCGAUCGCAGAGACGUCGAAGACAUAUAAAGGGCGGCAGUUGUAGAGCGAAGGCUAGCUCUGCCGACGAGGCCGACGAUGUUAGAAAUACGCCUCAAAAUUUCAUUUUUCAGACCACCACGGCGGGAAAAUUUGACCUAGCGAAAGCGAAAAGAGAAUGGUUGCUGUCAUCGGAGAGAGGCAGCACUCCAUCGAGUCCUGUAGAGCAUAGGAAACUCGUACCGGAGGAGGACUCUGAGACUAAAGCACUGGCUGAUAUGCUGCAAAAGUACCUGAACAUGCAAAGCGACGUCGCCGGUAUGACAAAAUCGACAGGAAGAUCAGAGGUGUUUGGGCAGAUGGAUGGAAAAGAACCAUUCGAUUAUCAGAGUUUGAUAAACAAGCUUCAACAAUAUCUAGAUUUGAUGGUUGCCCAGACGAAACUGGAGCAACUUUCGGUCCAACGGUCUUUGCCAACGGUGAAACACACCGGCAACGUUUCUAAGACCAUGCAACCGUAUCAGGGCGAUUACGUGCACAAAUCGUUGAUGGAAACUAUCGGCCGUUAUUAUAAUAAAUCCGCAACUCGAGAACACGUGAUCUCGGCGAUUCUAACGGACCGAAAGCUAUUGGAGAAGUUGUAUUUUGACUUGAGGUGCACCAGGGGUUUCAGAGGUCCACGUGCUACUGGCGCCUACACGUCACCGUCUUCUCGUUGGUGGACUCAUCAAAGGACCAGAGUACCGUCGAAGGAAUCCGAAGAUUGGCUCUCGUUCAGGAGAGAUCCUAGUUCCCUGCCGCCUCUGAUAGCCGUGCAAGAGCCCAGUACGGAUCGUGGCCUCAUAGACGACGGCGUACAAACAGAACCUGUUCCUCGCGAGGUUCUCGACGCCAUUCUUCUAGAGAGAGAAAAGGAGGAAUUAUCUAUGAAAGAAGCGGCAAUGCACAAGUCUAGCGGUCGCAGGCGAAGCAGCGUAGACAACGAUGACGUUUCACCGUCCGUCAGCGACACGAUCAAAAGGUAUCUCCGAAUGGCUAGAAAGAAAUCGAUGGACGCUGACAAAGUGGACAGAUUCAAACGUGUGAACUAUGACAGAAACUUGAGGAACAUCAAGGCCAAAGGAGAGACCACGAGCCUCGGCGACGACGAUGGCAAUAACAAGGGCUGUCAAACCGAAGACAACUGGGCUGUUAAUUACAGAGAGAUGUCCUCGACGGAGAAUCCAUCGGAGAAUCUGUCAGACGCUGACACGGCCACCUCGCCACCGAGUAGAAACGCGAGUUCGAGGAGCAGCAUCGAUGCUGGCCUUGGCUCGGAAGAACCACUGACCCCUAAACAUCAUCAUCAUCAGUCCUUCCUUUCCCAUCUCCUACACGGUUCCAACGCGCACAAGGAUAAACCGCAUUCGGCACCGGGUUCACCGGCACUUACGUCAUCGUCCACCAAUUCCGCAGGUGGCACAGCGAUGCAGAAGAGCAAGUCCUCGAGCAGCGUGGUGCAUCACGGCAGCCGACUGGUAGCCAAGAAGAUAUGGAGGUCCAGAAGCAAGAGUACUUCGAGGGCGUCCAAUCAACCCUCCGUCUGGACACCACAGGGAAAGUGUACGUGGGCGGGCACCGGUGGACGACGUGUCACCCUGCAGGAUACUCCGCUAAGGUCACUGUCAGAAAUCGAGAGGAAGGUUCUAUGCAAGGUAGCUGUCGCGAAACUCCAGGCCCUCAACUUGGGCGUUCACAUUAGGCCGCCGAGUGAGUCACUCGGUAGCAGCGCCGUUGCCACCAAGCCCAAAAGAAGAGCACCUUUGCUCAAGAGGAAAGCUCUCACCACUGGUUUCUUCGACAAUAAAGGAAAAGACGAUAAGGAGAAAGAGUCGUCGGGUGGCCUAGUAUUUGGUAUACCGCUGUCACAGUGUUUGGAGAACGAUAGAAUCGCUAGAAUCGCCGCUGGUGAGGUCUCAGACGUUGGUUGUUUGUCGAGAAACAGCAGACACGGUAGCAGGACGAGCUUCACGAGCCUCAUCGAACCCACUGUCGCGGCUAAGACUGACGAGGGUGGUUCGAACGAGUCGUUGUCGUCGAAAGGCGGAGCUCUGACCGGAAGCGACUCCGGGGUGCUCGAGCUGAGCGAUAGCGGCGGAGGAGGCCCUCCAGGAGAAUGGGACCUGGUUCCAAGCAUAGUCAGACAGUGCAUCAGGCACCUGGAAAGCACGGGUCUUCGGACGCUCGGUAUCUUCCGGGUGUCACCUUCCAAGAAGAGAGUGAGACAGUUACGAGAAGACUUCGAUUGUGGUCGCGAGACAAAAAUCGGACCCGAUCAAUGUCCUCACGACGUAGCAGCCCUUCUGAAGGAGUUUUUUCGCGAUCUUCCGGACCCUUUGCUCUGCAGAGAUCUCUACCAAGCCUUCGUCCAUACGCAAAAGAUCCGGAACAGGCGACUUCAGCAAGAGGCACUUCAGCAUCUCGUUCAGCUGCUGCCUACGCCGAACCGUGAGACGCUCUGGGCACUUUUGAGUUUUCUCAGCGUGGUGGCGGCUAACAGCGAAGAUCAAAAGAACAAGACAGGCGAGUGGAUACCGGGCAACAAGAUGGACACGACCAACUUGGCCACGGUAUUUGCCCCAAAUAUUCUUCAUUGCGUGAAACCUGGACAAAGGUCGGAAGUGUCCGCGGAAAGGGCGGAAGAGAGGAUAGACGUGAUAAACGUGGUCAGAACUCUUUUGGAACACGCCGCGACGUUAUUUAAGGUGCCAGCCGCUCUUCUAGACGAGGUCUACUUGCACAUGAUGGACACCCAUCCGGCCGAUUUGGAUCUCGCCCUUUCUCGACGUGCCGAAGAGCAAUGCGGAGACGAGGCGGACCCGUGCAGCGAAGCCGAAACCUUCUCGCUCGAGGAGACGCUGACGACGUCGACAACGACCACGGCCGGCACGACCACGUCCACCAGAAAGAUGUGGACUAGGGAACAGUGUCUGCACCAAACAGCUGGCGUGGGCGGUGAUAUAGGUCCAAGGCCGAGACGACCAAAGAGACCUGGAAGCCGACGAAAAGAGGAAGGCAGGAGCAAUAGCGUGGACAGUGGAUCCAGCGAAGAUCCAGCCGAUCCACGAAGAAAAUCCUCGCCCAUGGUAAUCACCGCCAGUCUUACCAUACCGAUGUCUGGAGCGUUCACAUUGAACCUCGACGAUCCGGACAUUCCUUACAUCGAGGAAACUCCUAAGCAACCCAGUGCACCGCCAAGAAGGCAGAGGCAGCGAUCGAUUUCCGGUUGUAGCGAAGGUGGAAGACACGGAAGCGACAGCGCCGUCGGUUCCUCCGCCACGUUAUCGGGCGAUCAGGUUCCAAGUUCUCCUCCGUCGUGGGCGUCGUCGCCACCUGCCAGCCCCGACAGCGCGGUCACCGCUGUCUCCUACAUCCCCGAUCAGCAGGCCGUCCUCCAAAGGGUGUCGUUCACCACCUCGAGCGAGUUACGUCAAGUGAGCAGGUCGAGCGGCAGUCAGGAAACGUCGAGGAGCACCGCGGCCCCGUACACACCCAGCAUCACCAGCAUCGGUGGUGCAGUUUUGAGGUCGAAGACCGCAGACAUCGAGAGGAUGUUGCACAUCUCCAGACCAGAUGCAGGCAUCUCGAUGUCGCAGCAGGGUAAGACCGGCUCUUCAACGUCCUCCGAGAGCAAGAAAUACACGAAGAGACGUUACACGGACUCUAGGCAUCAAACUCGUCACAUCCCCGACUCCGAUACGUUGGCGGGGAAAAACACGGCUACAGUUUCAUCCUUGCCAUCCGUGACGAUGUCCACUUCGUCUUCGGCGGCUGGCACGCAGAAUCAAAGAACCAGAGCACAGCCAGUCUGGAAACGACGGGAACUGAUUUCCAGCGCGCCCAAGGACAGGGAGGGAUACCUCUGAAUAUCCCCGUGGGCGAUCGAAUCGAAUGUCGAAGGAUCUCGACGAACCUUUUUCUCUUAGAACUCGUUUCAAGACAGUUCUGUUAAAAGUUAAGCGCACUGAUUUUAAAUCGAAAGAAAAUUCAGCGAGGAAGUUUGUACGAAUGCGUGACCUGCUUCGUUACUCGCUUCGGAUCGUAUCUAAGCUUGCACUUAGGUAUGACGCGUAAAAAGGUCGAAUUAGAAAAUUCAAGUCAGUUUAGUCAGCUAUGGUGAAAUACAAAAGACGAUAAUACGCGCUUGUACGGAUCUUCCUAUGUCGAAGCGUGUUACGAAGAGGAACUUAAAUAACGAAACGCAUUCGUUGCACGUUGCUCGAAUGAUAUCUUGAUAUAGCUUCCGAUGGAUUAUACUCCAACGAAACAUCGUGCCUUAACGUAUUAAAAUUCCAAAGUAUUACAUAUUCCCCUAAACGAUAAGGUAUUUGAUUUAAGCUAUUUAACGAUUAUAAAGAACUAGUUUUAUUCGAGCAACGUACAAGUAAAUUACGCUUCGAUCGUAUCCAGCUGAAUCGUAUAUUUCUAGGCGAAGAAAUUUGAAUUGCGCGUUGGAUAAACUACGAGUGACUUUGAAAAGAAACCCGAGGAGGUUCGGACCGAGCAUACGAUUCGAUCGUCAAAAGUGUCCGCGAAAGAAAAAAAAGAAAAGAAAACAAACAAAAAAAAAAAAAAAAAACAAUAUAGUCACUGCCGAUCAGGCGUGGCCUGGCAAAGUGUUCCUCGACACGUUUCUCGCUUCGAAAGUGUGAUCGACGUAUCGUGGGGUGUCUAUUGGUUCCUAGACUACCGUCCUCGCGCUCGCAAAGAUCUCCGUGACGAAACGCACGACCCCUCUCUACACACUCUAUCUCCAUUGAUCUUUCUUUUAUCUCGUUUUGCCACUUUUCUCGUUCUCUUAACGAGAUUAAUCGCGCGUAACAAACAAAUCAAACGGGAGGAUGUUCUACCUUGCGGUUAUUAAUUUAUACGGAAAAGGAAAAACAAAAUGGAACAUUGAUCUUGUAUCUACGAACGUAACAUUCUGAUGUAGUAGCGACACGUUAGUAGCGAUUUGUAAAUUAUUUUUACUAUUCAAGAUGGAAGGAUUUCCCUCGAGCUUUCGUGGAUAAUUUGCUCGAAAGGCACAACGUUAUCGCGCGCACGAUGGAAUCCUCGACGAACCAAAAUGAAAGAAAGAAGACCAGCCUCGGGUCCCUUGAACUCGUGUCGGGCCAUUCUAUCUCUCUGGAUCGGCUGAACAUCGUUGUUGGUUUUGACGUGACGAAUGAUACGGCGUUGCUCUGUCGAGACGUGGUUCGUCGAUCGUAGACUAUUAUUUUUGUAUAGUUAUUACGAGUACCUAAUCGAACCGGUAGUUUGCGAUCUAGCGACGACGAGCCCAGAGCAGCUAAACUAACGAAUUUCGUCUCUUCGUUUCUUUCUCUCUGUUUCUAUCUAUUUCUUCGUUUUUCUCGCCGGGAGAUUCUCUCGGUUCUUUUCGUCUUUCUUUUUAAAAUCGCUCUUCGUUCACGAGAAAUUGUCUCGAAGGAAUUCGUGUACUGCCGUGAGGGACGCGUGGCCCGAAAGACGCUGUUGUUCGUCGUUUAAGUUUUCAUUUUCAGUCUGUAAGCUAAUAAAUGAAGGUUAAUUUUUUUACUA